ACUCAUUUAAAGUGUAGCUUGCUGUAAAACGUUGCUCUAUCGUUUGUGUCUGCAGUUAGACUGGGUGAUGAAGACACAAUUCUCUCUCAGUUAACACUGAAUAGGAACCCUGUUUGAGUUGUAUUAACUCUUUUGACUACAAAUGCAAGAUACGGUGAAAGAUGAGCUGGAGAUUUGACAGAUUGUAGUCCUGGCGUCGGAUUUGAAGGGUCAACUCUCUUCACAUACCCGGACAAGCCCGUAUUUAAUGACAAUGGCGUCAUCGUACUAUUGGCCCCCGUUCAUCAAGGCAAAUGGCAGCCAAGUGUUGUUAUUAUACAUUGUAACAGUCUAUGCUAUAGCUGGUAUCAAAACCGAAAAUUCUUCAACAAGUUCCAUCAGACUGAUUCCACCAAAUUGGAGCUCCGUGUGUUCUCUGAUACUCAACAACACCACCGUGGUUGACUGUGACAUAGGACACGAUGUGGCCAUCAAAUGGAAGUUUGACGAUCUGAGAAAUUGGACACUUAGCAACAGUGUGAAUGUGACUUACCAUCUAAAUAUCCGCUGUGUAGAUGGUGUUAAUAUAUCGCUUCCCUGGCCGUUCAAAUCACCAGGUCUGAUUGGAUUAAAAGUCUCAAAUUGCGGCAUUGAAAAUUAUUACAAAAACUAUCUGCGUAAUUUUGAAGAUUAUCCGGACGAACUUGAGAUGUUUGUAAUCGAGCAAUGCGUAUUUAUUGAAAACCCGUUGGAUAUUCUUAAGGUUUUCAAUGGACCUGCAACGAAAUCCUUUGUAUGUGGACAGAGCGACAGCAUAAAGAGGUACGUUUAUAGAAACAACACAAUAGUACUAAGAGGAAACCUUUCAGACAUUAACGAGUACAAUAUAACCGAAGUGAAUGAUAACCUAAAUACGGUGGGGAUUCAGUGUAAGUUCUGGCACCUUCAUGACAUAGAGAACACGCAAAAUGGAUACUUAUCAGAAAGUCACUUUCAAGUGUUCACUAAGGACAGCAACUACCCGUCUCUUACACACUGCAAUUACUCGCAUAACUUGAUCAACAAACUGCCUUUGGUCUUUCAAAACUUCAGGACUUCGUUUCCGAAGCUGGAGGUUUUAGACCUAUCUCAUAAUGUUAUAACGCUUUGGGAUUUUUCGUAUCAUGUCACUACAUUAGUUGAGUCUACAUACGUAGACCUUCGCUACAACAACAUCACACAUAUAACGCUGGAUGAUAUGGAGACACUUUCAGGUCUGGAGCCAGCCUUUGUUGAUAUCCGGGACAAUCCGAUAUCUUGUGAUUGCGCCAUGAAGAAGUUUAUGACUGAACUGAAAUUUGGUUCUGUGUUUAAACCAAAUAUGGUGAAAUAUAAAUAUAUUGAAAAUAUGACGUGUGUCACCCCUGAAUCAUUUAAAGGGAUUCGUCUGAAAGAGUUCAACUUGGAUGAACUUCCUUGUGAGGUGGACGAUUCCCAUUGGGCGUAUCCCACUGUGAUUUGUGCUGCUGUCACCUUGAUCAUCCUGUCCGUGAUUCUCUUCUGCAUAUUAUUCCCCAAUCGGGAGUUGAUUCAGAUUCUGUGUUUGACAAGAUGUAACAUCCUUCUUCCAAUGGCUACCCGGGACACCACCGUCAAGAACUAUGACGUAUUCAUCGCCGCCUCUGAAGAAGACGAGGACUGGGUUGUGGACAAUCUUCUAUACAAGUUAGAAGACAUCGAUGUCUUUGACGUUACUGAGCAUGCUUCGCAAACCCGGAAGUUAAAUGUGUGUGUUCCAGGGCGUGACUUCCGGCCGGGGGCCUUCACCAUCGACGAAAUUAUUGACAAAACAGAAAAGAGCAGAAGAACUCUGGUGGUUCUGUCCAAAUCUUUUGUGGAGUCUCGAAUGUGCGGGGAGAUGUUACGACAAGCCUAUUUUCAGAGUAUUGUUGAAAGGAGAUGUCAUUUGGUGUUUGUGAAACUUGAACAAAUUGAUUUAAAUGGUAUCGACUCUACCCUGAAGAGGAGUUUAAAACUGUUCACUGUACUGAAUGUCGCGGACAGAUACUUUUGGGAUAUGAUCCAGUUUCUUCUAAAGACCACGUCAAAGAAAAGCCGUGCCAAGAAUUCAACAACUCCGGAUGCUUAAAAGAACACCACCUUCGCAUUAAGCUACUGACAAUGGUGCCAUUGGGGUGUAGAAAAUAGUAUCCUAGAAAUAGCGUGAAUCUGUUGGGUACAACCUUCAACACUAUUUAGGAUAUAACUCGUCAUUUCUUCUUAAUGUAUGAAAAACGCCCAAAGGACUUUUGACUUUAUAACGACCACAUUCACAGAUUGCAAUUAUCUCCAUAUAUGUUCGCAGUGCAUUUCAAGUGCCAGGCUUUUAGGAUCGACGUAUUUCAGAGAAUUUUAGCAGAAUAAGAAAUCACACGUAGGAUUGGUAAGUUUUGUAAGUGUUGAACUCGAUUUAGAAAUAAUAUAUUGACAGCGACCUGAUAUGGAGUGGAAGUAUACGGGUUACCUAUUCAUAGUGGGGUUUGGUACAUGCCUGGUUGGACGUGGUUGAUUGAACGUUGUAACAGUGUACAGAUAGACAGAGUCACCUUCGAUAUGUUCACUGUAUAUGCGAAGAUGAACUGAAUUCAUUUUUGCAAUUGUGAUGCGCCUGUCAAUAAAGUAUGAU